UGCAGGGGUUCAGAACUCAGGGACACUUUAUCACUAAGUUGCAUACGUCCCCAGCUCUUUUAAAACUUUGAGACAGGGUCCUGCUAAAUUGCCCAAGCUGCCCUUGAACUUGCAGUCUGGCUGCCUCAGCCUCCUGAGUAGCUGGGAUUACAGGCAUGGGCCACGAGCCCUGCCUUGAGUGCAGGUGGAGGGCGAACUUGAUCCUGUGAAGGCAGCAUUUGAUCCAACAAAAUGGGAGGGCAGGUCAGUGUGUGUGAAAAAGGUGUUUUUAAGGACAACUAGUCUGGGAGCAACGUGCAUCGAGGGAGACCACUUGGAGGCAUUCACAAGAAACCAGGCAGACAUCAGGUCGCAGUGCUGGAGUGUUAAGAGGAAAACUAGAAACCAACAGCAAGAGAUCCGUAUGUCAAACUUCUACUUGAUGCUAUGAAGCACUCAGGUUGUGCUGUUAACAAAGAAAGACACUUCUCUUGUGAAGAUUGUAAUGGAAAUGUCAGUGGAGGUUUUGAUGCUUCAUCAUCUCAGAUUGUUUUGUGCCAGAAUAAUAUCUGUAAUCAGGCCCAUAUGAACCGAGUGGUCACCCAUGAGCUCAUUCAUGCAUUUGAUCACUGUCGUGCUCAUGUCAAUUGGUUCACCAAUGUCAGACAUUUGGCAUGUUCAGAGGUUCGAGCUGCUAACCUCAGUGGAGAGUGUUCACUUGUAAAUGAAAUAUUCAGGUUGCAUUUUGGAUUAAAACGACAUCAUCAGACUUGUGUGCGAGACAGAGCUAUUCUUUCUAUCCUGGCUGUUAGGAAUAUCAGCAAAGAAGUAGCUGAGAAGGCUGUUGAUGAAGUUUUUGAAUCUUGUUUCAAUGACCAUGAGCCUUUUGGAAGGAUCCCACAUAACCAGACUUAUGCAAGAUAUGCUCAUAGAGACUUUCAAAACCGUGAUCGAUAUUACUCCAAUAUAUGAAGACAAUGACAUUUUAUAUCACAGAGCCUCAGUGAUCAUGAAGAAACAAAUACGGUUCUCAAGUGAUCAAAUGUAUAAAAUGUAAAUGAUCAAUUAAAUACACAAAGAUCCAGAAUAUGCUGAUUUUAGCAUAUGAUCAGAAAACUUCGGAAAAAAAUGAAACUGCCUUAAACUCCAAGGCAAAAAUGGUAUCUUUAUAGUAUAUCUAUAUACUUUAUUUGAUAAAUAAGAUAAAUAAAUUACAUUUUUGUACUUCCUA